CCAGGGUUUGGAUACCUGACCCCGAGGAAGUUUGGAAGUCAGCAGAGCUGCUGAAAGAUUAUAAGCCAGGAGAUAAAGUCCUCCUGCUUCACCUCGAGGAAGGAAAGGAUUUGGAAUACCGUCUAGAUCCAAAGACCAAGGAGCUGCCUCACUUACGAAACCCUGACAUACUUGUCGGUGAAAAUGACCUUACAGCUCUUAGCUAUCUUCAUGAGCCUGCUGUGCUCCAUAAUCUCAGAGUUCGCUUUAUUGAUUCCAAACUUAUUUAUACAUACUGUGGUAUAGUUCUAGUAGCUAUAAAUCCUUAUGAACAAUUGCCUAUUUAUGGAGAAGAUAUUAUUAAUGCAUACAGUGGUCAGAACAUGGGUGAUAUGGAUCCACAUAUCUUUGCAGUAGCUGAAGAAGCUUACAAGCAAAUGGCCAGAGAUGAACGAAAUCAGUCCAUCAUUGUAAGUGGAGAGUCUGGGGCAGGAAAAACAGUCUCAGCAAAGUAUGCCAUGAGAUACUUUGCAACUGUAAGUGGUUCUGCCAGUGAGGCCAACGUGGAGGAAAAGGUCUUGGCCUCCAACCCCAUCAUGGAGUCAAUUGGAAAUGCUAAAACAACCAGGAAUGAUAACAGCAGUCGUUUUGGGAAGUAUAUCGAGAUUGGUUUUGAUAAGAGAUAUCGAAUCAUUGGUGCCAAUAUGAGAACUUAUCUUUUAGAGAAAUCCAGAGUGGUGUUCCAGGCAGAAGAGGAACGAAACUAUCAUAUCUUCUAUCAGCUUUGUGCCUCUGCAAAUUUACCUGAAUUUAAAAUGCUACGAUUAGGAAAUGCAAAUGACUUUCUUUACACGAAGCAAGGAGGUAGUCCUGUGAUUGAAGGAGUGGAUGAUGCAAAGGAGAUGGUACACACUAGGCAGGCCUGCACCUUGCUAGGAAUUAGUGAAUCUUAUCAGAUGGGAAUUUUCCGAAUACUUGCCAGCAUCCUUCACUUAGGCAAUGUUGGAUUUACAUCCCGAGAUUCAGACAGCUGCACAAUACCUCCCAAGCAUGAGCCUCUCUGCAUCUUCUGUGACCUCAUGGGCGUGGACUAUGAGGAGAUGUGUCACUGGCUCUGCCAUCGGAAGCUGGCUACUGCCACAGAGACAUAUAUCAAGCCCAUCUCCAAGCUGCAGGCCACAAAUGCCCGUGAUGCUUUGGCCAAACACAUCUAUGCCAAGCUCUUUAACUGGAUUGUAGAUCAUGUCAAUCAGGCUCUCCAUUCUGCUGUCAAACAGCACUCUUUUAUCGGUGUGCUAGACAUUUAUGGAUUUGAAACAUUUGAGAUAAAUAGUUUUGAACAGUUUUGCAUAAAUUAUGCAAAUGAAAAACUACAGCAACAAUUCAAUAUGCAUGUCUUCAAGUUGGAGCAAGAGGAAUAUAUGAAGGAACAAAUUCCAUGGACACUCAUAGAUUUUUAUGAUAAUCAGCCUUGUAUAAAUCUUAUAGAAUCUAAACUAGGCAUUCUAGAUUUGCUGGAUGAGGAAUGCAAGAUGCCUAAAGGUACAGAUGACACUUGGGCCCAAAAAUUGUACAAUACACAUUUGAACAAAUGUGCACUCUUUGAAAAGCCUCGCCUAUCAAACAAAGCUUUCAUCAUCCAACAUUUUGCUGACAAAGUGGAAUACCAGUGUGAAGGCUUUCUCGAAAAGAAUAAAGACACCGUUUUUGAAGAACAAAUUAAAGUUCUUAAGUCAAGCAAGUUUAAGAUGCUACCAGAAUUAUUUCAAGAUGAUGAGAAGGCCAUCAGUCCAACCUCAGCCACCUCUUCAGGGCGUACACCCCUCACCCGCAUUUCUGCAAAGCCCACCAAAGGUAGACCAGGUCAGACAGCCAAAGAGCACAAGAAAACGGUGGGGCACCAGUUCAGAAACUCUCUUCACCUGCUUAUGGAGACUCUCAAUGCCACUACCCCUCAUUAUGUGCGCUGCAUUAAGCCAAAUGACUUCAAGUUCCCAUUCACGUUUGAUGAGAAGAGGGCAGUGCAACAGCUGAGGGCAUGUGGUGUCCUGGAAACCAUCCGGAUCAGUGCGGCUGGCUUCCCUUCCCGGUGGACUUACCAAGAAUUUUUCAGCCGCUACCGUGUCUUAAUGAAGCAAAAAGAUGUGCUGAGUGACAGAAAGCAAACAUGCAAGAAUGUAUUAGAGAAACUGAUACUGGACAAGGACAAAUACCAGUUUGGUAAGACAAAGAUUUUUUUCCGUGCUGGUCAAGUGGCCUAUCUAGAAAAGUUGAGAGCAGACAAACUGAGGGCCGCCUGCAUCCGGAUCCAGAAGACCAUCCGAGGGUGGCUGCUGAGGAAGAAGUACCUACGCAUGCGGAAGGCAGCCAUCACUGUGCAGAGAUAUGUGCGGGGCUACCAGGCCCGAUGCUAUGCUAAGUUCCUGCGCAGAACCAAGGCAGCAACCAUCAUUCAAAAGUACUGGCGCAUGUAUGUGGUCCGUAGGAGGUACAAGAUUAGACGAGCUGCCACUAUCGUGCUGCAGUCCUAUUUGCGAGGCUAUUUGGCCAGAAAUAGGUAUCGCAAGAUACUCCGCCAGCACAAAGCAGUCAUCAUUCAGAAGUGGGUCCGGGGCUGGCUGGCUCGCAUACGCUACAAGAGGAACAUGCAGGCCAUCAUCUACCUUCAGUGCUGCUUCCGGCGGAUGAUGGCCAAGCGUGAGCUAAAGAAGCUCAAAAUUGAGGCCCGCUCUGUGGAGCGCUAUAAGAAGCUCCACAUUGGCAUGGAAAACAAGAUCAUGCAGCUGCAGCGCAAAGUCGAUGAGCAGAACAAAGACUACAAAUACCUCAUGGAGAAACUGACCAAUCUGGAAGGACUAUAUAACUCUGAGACUGAGAAACUACGAAGUGACUUAGAACGUCUUCAACUAAGUGAGGAGGAAGCUAAGGUUGCCACUGGGCGGGUUCUUAGUCUGCAGGAAGAAAUUGCCAAGCUCCGGAAAGACCUAGAACAAACUCGUUCAGAGAAGAAAUCCAUUGAGGAACGUGCAGAUAGGUACAAACAAGAAACAGAGGAGCUGGUAUCAAAUCUGAAGGAAGAAAAUACAUUGCUAAAGCAGGAAAAGGAAGUCCUUAAUCACCGUAUCGUGGAGCAGGCUAAAGAGAUGACAGAAACUAUGGAGAAGAAGUUAGUAGAAGAAACAAAACAACUGGAACUCGAUCUUAAUGAUGAAAGACUGAGAUAUCAGAACCUUCUGAAUGAGUUCAGUCGCCUGGAAGAACGAUAUGAUGAUCUGAAGGAAGAGAUGACCUUGUUGGUGAAUGUACCUAAGCCUGGACACAAGAGAACAGACUCCACCCACAGCAGCAAUGAGUCUGAAUAUAUCUUUAGCUCUGAAAUUGCAGAAAUGGAAGAUAUUCCAUCAAGGACAGAGGAGCCAAGCGAGAAGAAGGUGCCUCUGGACAUGUCAUUGUUCCUCAAGCUCCAGAAGCGGGUCACAGAACUGGAGCAGGAGAAGCAGGUGAUGCAGGAUGAGCUGGACCGCAAGGAAGAGCAGGUGCUCCGCAGCAAGGCGAAGGAAGAAGAAAGACCACAAAUUAGAGGUGCAGAAUUGGAAUAUGAGUCACUCAAGCGUCAAGAACUAGAAUCAGAAAACAAAAAACUGAAAAAUGAGCUAAAUGAGUUACGCAAGGCCCUUAGUGAGAAGAGUGCCCCUGAGGUGACUGCUCCAGGCGCACCUGCCUACCGUGUCCUCAUGGAGCAACUGACCUCUGUGAGUGAGGAGCUCGAUGUCCGCAAGGAGGAAGUCCUCAUCUUGAGGUCUCAGCUGGUGAGCCAAAAAGAGGCCAUCCAACCCAAGGAUGACAAGAAUACAAUGACAGAUUCUACAAUACUUUUGGAAGAUGUACAAAAAAUGAAAGAUAAAGGUGAAAUAGCACAAGCCUACAUUGGUUUGAAAGAAACAAACAGGCUCCUGGAAUCUCAACUCCAGUCACAGAAGAGGAGCCAUGAGAAUGAGGCUGAGGCCCUCCGUGGGGAGAUCCAGAGCCUGAAGGAGGAGAACAACCGGCAGCAGCAGCUGCUGGCCCAGAACCUGCAGCUGCCCCCAGAGGCCCGCAUCGAGGCCAGCCUGCAGCACGAGAUCACCCGACUGACUAAUGAAAACUUGUAUUUUGAGGAAUUAUAUGCAGAUGACCCUAAGAAGUAUCAGUCAUAUCGGAUUUCACUUUACAAACGGAUGAUUGAUUUGAUGGAACAACUUGAAAAACAGGAUAAGACUGUUCGGAAACUGAAAAAACAACUGAAAGUAUUUGCCAAAAAAAUUGGUGAACUAGAAGUGGGCCAGAUGGAGAACAUAUCUCCAGGACAGAUCAUUGAUGAACCCAUCCGUCCAGUCAACAUCCCCAGGAAAGAAAAGGAUUUCCAAGGAAUGCUGGAAUACAAAAAGGAAGAUGAGCAAAAACUUGUUAAGAACCUGAUUCUGGGCAAGUAUUUUCUGCAUGGGAUAAAAGGUCUUUCUGAUACAUGUGUCAAUGGUGGGAAAAACUAG